AGAGGGGAAAAAAAUCAUAUUUCACACUUUAUCCUUAGCAGGAUACAGUUUGAGAUUGCAAAAAACCUCAGCACAAAGAAGCAACAAGUUGACAAAACAACAUCAUGCGGGUUAUAUGUAUCUUUUUCGCUUGAGUUGAUUCGCCUCCUUUCUUACAACUUCUAAUUUUGUAUUUCCUCAAUUUUUAAGAAGGUAUGCAUCAGUGGUGGGAGGACAAGUUCACUUCUAACUGUUGAUGCAGUCAGGACAAUAUACGCACCAGGGAUGAGUGACUAUGUUAAUGAGCAGCCAAGGCAUACAGAUAGACUGAAUGGGGAAACAAAUUUAUCAGAGAGAAGAUUCUAUUUUUUGCUUUUCCUCACCAUCGGAGUGCUAUGUAUCAUACAAGCCACUCUGAAUUUGUCGCUACGUCUUACAUUAUACUCAAGCAAGAUUGCAGUCACCUCAAUUUGCAACACAACCGACUUUGGUGGCGAAAACCCCAAGAAGGAGGAAGAAACAGACUUUGAGCAAAUGAAGCCUGGUCAGUGCAAAAUGUUCCUGGAAAGCAUCCGUGCCUUGAAAAGAGACAGACUCCUGCUUGAAAACAUGAACAGUAAACUCCUGGAACAAAUAAAGCUUGUGGAGCAGGAGAGAGACAGACUGACAAUGAAACUGACAGAGUUGAAUGGCUCCGUCUCACCUCAGCUGUGUCUUCCUGGGUGGAGGGAGAUAAACUUCAGGUGUUACUUCCUCUCCACAGAGAUUAAUACAUGGGAGGACAGCCGAAAACACUGCCAGAGUCAGGGUGCUGACCUGGUGGUUAUUAACAGCAUACAGGAACAGAUUGCCAUAUAUCAUCUGAAUGGGAGUAAGCCUCUCCAGUUCUGGAUUGGACUGCAUGGCAGAGAUGAGACGUUUCAGUGGGUGGAUGGAUCAGGACUGGAAAAAUCAUUUUGGCUGAGCGGGCAGCCUGACCUUGAUGGUGCUAACAGAAAAGACGACUGCGUAGAGAUGAAUAAUGGAAGGCCAGAACUUUCCUGCUGGAAUGAUGCCCCUUGUGGACACAAGCUGCACUGGUUGUGUGAAAAGGAUCUGUUUACCAGACAGUAGUGUUUUCUGCUCAGGAAAAUACAUCUGCUACAUAAACUUAAAAUUAAAACACCAAAUGUGCUUUCACAAUGUGUCAAAGAUAUUUAAAACUGUAAAACAUGUAUUUUUCAGCAUUUAUGGCAAAUGUUAAAAUGAUAAUUAAAAACAAAUCUUUAGCAAUACUCCUUAAGCUAAUGUGGUUCGGAUAGAUGCCAUUUAUUUAAACAGAAGACAUAAUGUGGAUACGGUCAGCCCUUACUUCAACUUCUUUUAUCACAUGAUGCAGUAAUCAUUAAAGUGACAAGUGUUAUGGAAAAUAGAUGUAAACAUACAGUCUGGCACAACAUGUACAGUCAUUAAUAAUCUUCUUGAGAGUGUUUGUUUAAACACAAUGUUUAAUGCUUCUGGAAAACAAUUUCAAGUAUGUUGUCUUGUUGACAAGUACUGGCAGAGUGGAUUGGGAUUUGAAGACAUGGGUCGAGUCUUGAUAAUCAAAGCAUUGCUCAAUUCUGCCGUGGUAAAGAAUGAUCUGAGCCAAGAGGCAAGCCUCUCGAUUUGAGUGGUCCAUCUAUGUUCCUACCACCACCUACUGUCUUGAAAUGCAAAAUACAAGCGGUGGAGAUGAGGUUCCUCUCAGACUCUCGCUGACGUAUUGAGGAGCUUCAUCAUUUGAAGGGAAAAGAAAAGCUGUUGCUCCUCGGUAUCAAAAGGAGUCAGCUGAUUUGAUUUGGACAUCUGGUCAGGAUGGCUCCUGGGAAAUCUGUCCUUGGAGGUUAUCCAGAGAAAUCACACUACGAGGAGACCCAGGUCAGAUUGAGAAUUUGCAGGAGAAACUGUAAAUCCUUUCUAGCCUGACGUCUUUCCCCUAUGGGACAGCGUGACCCAAAUUUUGGAUAGGUAGAAGACAAUGGAUGGACGGAUGGAUGGACCUUUCUGGAAAAUGUUUCUGUUUUACCGUAGUUGUAUAAUUCACUCAGCUCUGGUCAAAUUUCAGUUACCACCCCGACCAUGCAAGCAUAUUCAUUAAAUGUUGUACAACAUUAACCUUUUAACCCAAAACUGUAAUUGUGGUACUAUUGACAUAAACUAUCAAAUACAUUUUUUAACUCCUUGUAUAUGUGCCAUUUAGAUUUUGCAUUUUUUUUUUUUUUUUGCAGAAAUUAAUUUAGGACGAACAAAUCACUAAGCAAAGUAAAUGACAAUAAAAAUGAAAUUCUGUUAAAUUGUAGUCAGUUUUUGAUUUGCUCUUAAAUUAUAUAGCCUUGAUCUAAGUAGUUUAAAUUUGAAAGGGCCCACUA